UAAAUAUCCGCGGAGUUCUGCAGUGUCUGCCCUGAGUUCGAGAAUGGGUGAAGUGUUCUGGGAACGAGUAGCCUAGUAACCACAGUGUACACUGUGAACAAGAUGGCGAAGUUUGUGAUCGCAGGCCAGGCUGACUGCCCCUACUAUGCCAAGGUGGAGUUGUUGGCUGACAGCCUACAGUCAAAGCUCCAAGACUUCCAUGUACACAAGAUAGUCAAGACUCCAGAGGAAUGGAAGCCCUGGCUACAGCAGCUGUGUGCAGACAAUGGCUGGACCCACGGCAGAUCACCCAUCAUCUGGAGGGAACUGGUGGACCGGGGAGGGAAGGGCCUCCUCAUUGGUGGACACAACGACUUCAUGGAGUAUGCAAGGUCCUACUAUGGCAUGACGUCAGGCAUGCUGAGUGAGAUGAUGAAGAACAUCGCGGCAGAGAACCUUGCCGUGACGCAGGAGCUACGAGAGGAGGAAGAAACCAUCAGGAGACAGAGCAAACCGCUUCACGUCUGCGUCAUCAACGCAGCACGAUCUCCCGCCUACCACGUACUGCCGUCUCUCGUGAAUGGCGAGAUACUACGCGAGGAGGAAAUAGCCUUGCACUUACACGAUUCAGAAGAGAACCUGGAGAAACUGAAAGGCUUGGAGAUGGAGGUUUUUGACCUCUCCUUCCCGUUCUUGAAAGAGAUAUCCGUAACAACCGACCUCCCCACGGCAUUCCAGAACGCACACAUCGCCAUCGUACUGGAUGAUUUUGACCAAGGUGGAAAGGAAGAUGCUAUUGGCGAUAUGGAGACUAAAGUGUCAUUCUACAAACGUGUUGCAGAAGCAAUCAACCAAACCGCAAGCAAAGACAUCCGAGUACUUGUAGCUGGUACAGGGCCUCUGAACUCCUUGGUCAGUAUCCUUAUUGACCACACCCCCUCAAUCCCGAGACAGAACAUUGCAGCUGUGGCACAGGUGAAAGAGCGGCAAGCAAAGUCUCUGCUUGCAAAGCGGCUCACGGUUAAUUCUGCAGGAGUUUGUGAUGUCAUUGUGUGGGGAAACGUUGGAGGCACCACGUACACAGAUGUGUCGCGAGCAAGAGUGCAUGGCUAUGAUGGAGCUAUCUGGGGACCACCAAGCUACUCCUGUUCAGUAUCAGAGAUGGUUCACGAUAACAAGUGGCUGGAGGGAGAGUUCCUAGAGCAGCUGCAGAGUCGCUCCCACACCAUCCAGGAUUCCCUGCAGCACUCCGCAGACCUGUCCAUGGCUGCUGCCAUCUCCAGCACCCUCAGCUACUGGUGGAACGGAUCACCUGAGGGGCAGCUCUUCUCUCUGGCUGUGUGCUCCGAAGGUUUCUAUAACAUCCCAGAGGGUGUAGUCUUCUCCUUUCCCGUCAUGUUCCACAAAGGCUCAUGGGAGGUCGUACAGGACAUCGACAUGAACGAGGAUAUGAGGGUCAUGCUGUCCAGUAUCACAGCACAACUUGUGGAGGAAAAGGAUCUCCUCUUACACCCGACCAACGCUAACCACGAGAAGUUGCUGAAGGUGUUUGGUGUGACCACUGACAUUUCAACGCCUUCCUCCGUCAAACUGGAUAAAAUCAUGGAGGAGACGGAAAAGUCUUCAUCUGAGGAGACGCCUGAGGCUGCCGCUGCAGCUGUUAGUACUGGGGAUGAGACCGCGCCGAGUUAAUUCAUAUGUAAAGACUAUGAAAACAAUUCUUUUCUUGUAAAAACAUCAUGGAUUGUGCUUUCUCAAUGUAAAUAUGAUUGUAGGGACAUCAAUGCAAGAGGGCAUUUAUUUGAACAGGAAAUUGAAAUAAGUUGCCCACAUCUUACAGCAAAGGGGCAGACAACAAGGAAGGAAGAAGGUUAUGUUUGAGAAAUUUUGUAAAUUGUAUAAAUGAAGACUGGUUAAGCACUUUGCAGCUGCAAGAUCUAUUUUUGAGUCAAUGAGUGAAGUUACAGAGUGUUACAUUUACAUAAUUGAUGAAAAUAUUUCACAUGUUCCAUUGAGAACAACUUCAAGGCUACUUUUGUAGAAUCUUGUAUACCAGAUCUAGUGGUACAAAUGUGGUCAUAUUGGUAUGCACCAACAAUUCAUCCAGCAAUCUUUUUUGUUUGUGCCAGAUUUUGUUCUUGAAAUAAAAUAUCACCAAGCUUAA